CCGUAGCGUAGUACGCAUCAGCUCCCCCUUCCCUCGAGGCCUCAGUAGUUAGCCACUAGCCACUGAACACUAGCAGCAGGGAGGAAUCAGAAGGCUGCCAUGAGGCAAGGAGGGGGCGGAGGCGGAGGCGACGGGGUGAGCCCCGGCAAUGUCCCGGUGUGCUACUACGGCGCGGGCGGGCGCGUGUCGGCCACCCUGGAGCGGCGGGUGCGCGCCGCCGAGGUGCUCCUGCGGUGCGCGGCGUGCGGCCUCGCCGUGCUCGCCGCCGCCCUCCUCGGCGCCGACCGCCAGUCCCGCACCUUCUUCUCCAUCCAGAAGGUCGCCCGGUACACCGACAUGCAGUCCCUCGUGAUCCUGGUGAUAGCAAGUGGAAUGGUCGCCUGUUACAGCCUGCUGCAGGGCGCGAGGUGCCUGGUGAGCAUUAUCAGGGGUGGCAUCCUUCUCAACAGGCCCUUGGCUUGGGCGAUCUUCUCCUGUGAUCAGGUGAUGGCGUACGUGAUAAUCGGGGCGGUGGCGGUGGCGAUGGAGGCGGCGCUGCUGGGGAAGACGGGGGAGGUGGAGUUCCAGUGGAUGAAGACGUGCGAGCUGUACCAGCGGUUCUGCACGCAGGCGGGGGGCGGCGUCGCGUGCGCCGUCGCCGCCAGCGCCACCAUGGUCGGGGUCGCCCUCGUCUCCGCCUUCAACCUCUUCCGCCUCUACGGCCACGGCAAGGGCAGCAGCAAGUGAACCCAAGCCGCCCUCUCGCUGCGUGCAUGCGUGCAUGCAUUAGGUUUUAACGACACCGAAUCCAAAUCCAGUCCGGGGAGAGAACCGUACGUACGUAGCAUAUGUAGCUGCCGUCGCUCGUUUUUACCGUAGUUUGUUGGUGUUGACACGCAUGGUGUCAGUCCGCGUUAGCCAUAAGAAGAAGCUGUGUGGGACAAAAGCUAGGCCGGUUUCUCUGUAUAUGAUGUCAAGUGAUCCACAAGGUGUUUGUAGACAGUAAUACUGCUAUGUGCGUAAUAAAAGAGGAGCAAGAAA